AUGACGCACGAAUUCCUCCAGAAACAAGGUGUAAAACACAUACCACUUGUGAAGAGGAUGGUUGAAUUCAAGGAUGAAGACGGUGGGUUUAACUUCGUGGUCAUGUCUCGUGCCAGGGGAGUUCGACUGGAGAGCGUAUGGCCGACACUCUCCACUGAAGAAAAGAAUAGCUAUGCCCAACAGGUCAUUGCCGCGCUUCGAGAAAUGCGCCAGUUUACUGCAGAGUUCCCGCAGCGGGUCGACGGAAGCCCCAUCUUUGAUAAUGUCAUCGGGCACUGCGAAUCAAGGAAAAUGUGCAGGGACAUCGGAAAGACAACGGAUGAAUGGUUCAACAACAUUGAUGAGGAGCUUCGAGAAGGCAUAUCACGCAAGUUUGAGACAAGCGAUGAGAUUGUCAUUGAAGCUAAGCUACAGGAGCUAAAGCAAAAUUUCCCAGAUGGAGCACCGUAUGUCCUGACCCACGCUGAUCUCAAUUUGAAUAAUAUCCUUGUUCACGACGGCAAAAUCGUGGCCAUCAUCGACUGGGAAUUUGCUGGAUACUAUCCAUGGUGGGUCGAAACAUACAUGUCGUAUCGUCGUACCGUGAGUCGCAACGGAAUCGAGUUGUUCAAAAUUGUGUGGGAUGAACUCGACAUAGACGACAAGGCUAUUUACGACAAAGUGAACCCCGUCAUACACGCCUGGCGGUGCUCUCCGGUCCGCCACACAGGCAACACACAUUACUGGCAGCGUCCGGUGUUCUGCAAAUGCCAGCCCUAUGGUGGUAUACUCCGGAAAAAUGCCAUUGAUUCUGAGGAGAGACACUUUGUCGAUUACAAUAAUCGAAACCAGUAUGGACAACCUCCAUACCGGUCAGAGAAGGGAGUGGAUUAUGCCGGAAAGAACCAAGACUUGGAGCCUAAGGAGGGUUAG